GGGGGAAGUUUACAGUGCGCUGACAGACUUUUGGAGAGUUCAGUGUUGUGCGCUCUCGGUGCGUCACACGCUCAAAACCUCCACUGGAAGCGCACGACUCCAGACUAUCAUACAUGCAAAUACAGCCGAGACGUCUCUCCGAACACAACAAGCUUCGUCUCCACUGCAAGCUUGAAUUCGCUUCUACUUGUGGCUGCAUCUCAGGAGUGAAAUGGAUGUCAUCCCCAUGUGUAGCAUCUUCCAGGAGCUCCAGAUUGUGCACGACACCGGAUACUUUUCAGCUUUACCAUCUCUGGAAGAGUACUGGCAGCAGACAUGCCUCGAGCUGGAGCGGUACCUCCAGAGCGAACCCUACGUCUCAGCCACGGACAUCAAAUUUGAGAACCAGGAGGACCUGUGGAGCAAGCUGAUGCUGGCCUGCGGGGACAAGUCAAACGAGUCAGACCCAAAGAUCCCCCACAUCAAGGAGGAGGAAGACAAUCAGGACAUCCAGCACCUCGACGCCGGCGGCUUCAACUCUGACGCCAGCAGUGAGGCCUCGGACAGCUCCGAGGAGCUCUCCCCCACCCUCGACUUCUCCUCCGGCUCUUUGACUGACAUUCUGGGAGACGGUGGCGAAGACCUGGGCUCCACCAUCAUCAGCACGCCGCCGUCCUCGCCCGAGCUCGGCAAGGAGGGCUCUGUCGCUCAGGUGUGGAGCGGGAUACAGACUGUGCUGCACUCGCCUGGGAAAAUAAGGACUGGGAGCAUAGAGAGGACCGUAGAGAGGUCGGGGCUGACCAGUGGGGAGGCGUCACCUGACGGCAGGAGGCGAGUGCACAGGUGUCACUUCAACGGAUGCAGGAAGGUGUACACCAAGAGCUCGCACCUCAAAGCACACCAGCGCACGCACACAGGGGAGAAGCCCUACAGGUGUUCAUGGGAGGGCUGCGAGUGGCGCUUUGCACGAAGCGAUGAACUCACCAGACACUUCAGGAAGCACACUGGAGCGAAGCCAUUCAAAUGCAGUCACUGCGACAGGUGUUUCUCCCGUUCUGACCACCUGGCGCUGCACAUGAAGAGGCACAUCUAAGAUGGCCUCCGUGUCGAGAUCUCUGAGGGAUGAUUCUGGUUGAUUGUCCUGACCUGUGGGGGGAUCAGCGAGGCCGGUGUGUCCUGGGAGCGUUAACAGGGGCACCGCCGUGUUCCAGUCAGUGGAAAAACAUGAAGCAACGCAGGCUAUUAUUUGCACCAUACUUAGUGCCUCCAACACCUCGCUGUGGAGAUUGCUCUUGAAAGGCUUUUACGGAGGAGCGGGGGGAGGGGCGGGGAGAGAAUUUAAAAAUGUUUAAGAAACUGGAAAAAUCUGGACUGGAGAAGAUGGGAAGAGACUCUUCUGUAUGGUGUUCAACGCUUUUUUCCUGGAGGAUUAUGGGACUCCUGCGGGGGUGCCGUUCCUCCAAUGACAGUGUGUUUGCCUGUACGCAUGGGGACUGUGAGUGCCUGCGACUGGAUGCCUGUGCUGGCUUUAUGGAGCGGAUGGAUGGAGCUUGCAUUGUGGAACUGCGAGUGAAUGACUUGGAGGGGGUGAUGUGAUGCGAGGGAGGCUUUUGGGGGGAUAUCUGUGGUCUCACUGAGAAUGAAUGCAAGCAACAACAAAAAAAAGGUUCUGUCUGUGCUGUUUGAGUCUAUUGGCUGUGGAGGGGAGUCGGGGCUUGUUUUGUGGAGCUGGUUUGCUAGAGAGCGCCCCCUUUCUGCCCGGAGUUGGAACUACAGCUCCCUAUUCACACACGGGAGGUCGUUUUGUUUAGUGCAGCUAUUAAAUGUGCAAUGUAUUACGUAGCCUGUCUCAAAAACAUACACGCUAUAAAGCUCAUUUUGUUGUCCAUUGUGUAAGCUCUGUAUCUUAAAAAAACAAAAACAAAAAAAACAACGGUUGUACACAAACAGUUAUGCCAUUAUAACAGAAGUUGCAUGGGAUCUGGGGAUGUGUUGCUCACCUGUUUGCUUAUAGGACAACAAAAUUCCAUUCGAGAGCAGCUACCUUCAUAUUACUCAAUAUCAUAGUAUUGUACAAAACACAUAAGGCAGUCAUUCUGUUUUUUUAAUUUUCUUGAUAAGUUGGGGAUACCACUAUUGCUUAGCAACUGUCUUGAUCAUGGGAUUUCUGUUCUUUUUCUUCACUUUUGCUCUUCUCUUUUGUUCUAUCUGUAAAUGCACUGUUGACCUUACUGAUGCCUUAUGUAAGUGGCCUUGUCCUGUUAAAUAGAUCUCUCUCUCUCUCUUUCUCACACACACACACACACAGACCAAUCGGGGGUUGCGAAUGCACUAGUGCGUUAUUGAAUUGCUUUAUAAAGGCUCUGAUCCAUACAGUCGCACCUUUGCCCUUUUGUCUCACGACAGACUCCUCUAAACUCCUGAAUAAUAAUAAUAAUAUUAAUAAUAAACUAAAUAUCAGCUUCAUAAUGACUGCCAUUUUUACAUUUCUGUGCAUUCUUUGUUGAACAUAUCAUAAGUAUAUCUAAAAUCUCUAAAAUGACCCAGGUCUGAGACAGAAUCGUGGAGCACUUGAAAAAGCAACUCAGUUUUGUGAAGGUUUACUGCUAUGUAGUAUAAAGUGGCGUGGAUGCACUUCAGAUGGACUAUAACUUGCUGUCAAAGGUACAGAGUCGUGGAAAUAUGUUCUCAUGAAAUGUGGCAAUGCUUAGCCACCAAGGUUGUGACAAAUUCUGCAAAGAAAACAUUAACGCCAGGGCCAUUUAUGUCCGUCGAUGUGUCAGAAGCUUACAGCCCUUAAAGAAAAGGUUGUGUCCUUAAGAUUAGUGACAACAGUCUCUAUCAUGAGUCUGUUUUUGAUGUUGUCUGUCAUGAUGAUUCUCGCCCUCAGGGUGAGUCAGUAUCUUUACUCAGCGCUGGUUUAAACAACCCGUGAUCUGACUAAACGGUACAAAAACCAGUCUAACCAGUUUGGCUGAGCUGCAGGUCUAGAGGUUUCUGUCUGUGUCUGCAGGUGAACUGGGAUGAGACCAGGACCAGAUGUAUGUCUGUACCAACUUCACUAUAUGCAUGUUUUAACUUUAGUUACUGUACAUGACUUCAACUCACUCCUCUGUGGGUUGAUAAAAUUCUCUGAUCUUUAUCUGAACUUUAUUGAAAUCCCCCUCAGUUUCACAAUUUGGACAAACUCCAUCACCAUUUUCCCUAUUUCUAAAAAUAAAAAAACAUUCUGGAGCCAAGGUGUUUUUACUGGAUACAGUUUUGUUGGAAAGUAAGUGACAUAUGGAAGUAAAAAUAACUUAUCUGCUUUAUUGGCUGGUUUAAGUGGUCAUAAAACUCAAACUCACGGCUGUACAACAUUAAGAAAGUCCAUACACUGAGAAAUGUCUAAAAUGCAACAUAUGUACAUUGUAAACUAAGAGAAUUUUGUAAGGAAGCUUCUAUUUUGAAAGGGUAUGGGACCAAAAACAAGUGCAGUGUGUUGUUUCUAAAAAAAAAAAAAAGAAGAUGAACCAAUGAAGACAAGAGGCUGAAGAAUUAUUGUAAAAUAGACACACUCCAUUCUCCUUCAUCAGCUUCUGUAACAUCUUUGUUUUUGACUUGAUUGGAGAAAGUUAGAGCAAACGUGCGUUUAAAAAUGGCAUCAAUUGCGUAUACACCUGUGGCCUAUCAUCUUUCAAGAAAAAAACAAAACAAAAAAAACUUUUCAGACGUGAAUUGUUCUGGACACUUGAAUUGUCAUAAUUUUGCAUUCUGUUGCCCGCUAAGUAUUAUGUUUUUUGUUUUUUUAUUUGCUAUGUAAUUUCUUUCUCUCAACUUUUCAAAGACCCGCGAAGAUGCCCUAUCUUUAGCUAGAGAAUCUUUAUUGGAUAAACAUGGAGAUAAAAUAUGAGGCUCUAUUUUUGUUUGUUUUAUGGCAUAACAAGAUUUUUUCAUUUGAAAUUGUUUUGUAAAAUAGUUUCUGUAUGAAUGUAUUUUUUAUUGGAAAAUCGAUAAAAAGAAUUUAUUGGAUCUA